AUGUCAUCCUCCUCGCCAGUCCCCAUCCCCCCCUCGACCCUCGCAACCCUCCAAGCCUUCGCCGAGCGCAUCAUCCUGGACCCGCAAUACCACGACCUCCUCUCCAUCGUAAAAGGAUGCCGCAACGGCGCCGUCUACGGCGCCAAGGUGCGGUUCCCGCACGCCCUCGUCAUGGUCCUCCUCUUCCGCUCGGGCACCCUGCGCGAGAAAGCCGGGCUCGUCUUCCGCGCGACGCGCACGCACGCGCACAACCUCGCGCGCUUCGCCUUCAUCUACAAGCUCACGUGCUACCUGCUGAAGCACUUCAGCGGGCGCGCGGGCGGCGGCAAAGGCGGGGCGGAAGGGCCGUACGACAGCUUCGUGGCGGGCCUGCUGGGCGGCUACGUCGUCUUCGGGCAGCGGUCGGCGCGCAGCGGCAAGGUCUCGAGCGUGAGCCAGCAGAUCGUGAUAUACGUGUUCGCACGGGUCGUCCUGGCCCUCGCGCGCCUCGCCGUGAAGACCGACGGCGGCGGCCUGCCCUUCCUGUCGCGCGAGCCCGUCUCCGCGACCGUCUCGCACUACGCGUGGCCCGUCUUCGCGGCCACCUCCUGGGCUGCCGUCAUGCACCUCUUCCGCCACCACCCCGACGACCUGCAGCCGUCGCUCAGGAACAGCAUGUCGUAUAUCUACCAGCAGUCCGACCACUGGGAUAGCUUGCGCAACUUCAUCUGGCAUAAUAAAUAA